CCAGUGGCGUAGACGUGGUACACAAUUAACCUCACUUUUUUGUUUAUUUUAUUUUGGUCAUAAAUGGAAAAUUUGGACUGAUAUAGCAGCUUAAGAAAUGAAUAAGUCACUGCGUGAUGAAAAAGUGUGUUGUCCAAUUAGCGAUUUGAAUUCUGUUUGGCAAUACACAAAAAAUCCUCCAAAAUGGAUAACUCAAAUAGUCGAUAUCAAACCUCGAAGCGACUUUGUUAUAAAAAAUACAUCCUUAACCUGCCAUACGGAAAGUAACAGAUUUGCACCCGCAACUAGAUUUGAUCGUCAUACUACACCUCGUACUUUAGUCUGCCAUGAUAUGAAAGGGGGCUACAUCGAAGACAAGUUUAUUGAUCCGCUCAAUAAAGGAAACUGCUACACUUUUUACCGUUGGUCGCAGAUCGACAUAUUCAUCUACUUCAGCCACCAUUUAGUGACCAUACCUCCACUCGCUUGGAUUAACGCGGCCCACAGUAAUGGAGUACAAAUUUUAGGUACCUUUAUAACCGAAUGGGAACCAGGGAAAGCAGUAUGCGAGGAAAUUUUCGCGAGUCCGAAGUCGUUGAAGAAAUUUGUUAAUAUUUUAGUCGAGAUUUGUGUCUUAUUUAAACUGGACGGAUGGUUACUUAAUAUCGAAAAUGGCCUGGACGAUACUGGCCCUUUGAAAACUUUCGUAAAACAACUCACAGAGAAAAUGCACAUGAAACGUCCUGGCAGUCUGGUGCUUUGGUACGAUAGCAUUACUGAUGAGGGAAAAUUAAAGUGGCAAAAUGAAUUAAAUGCAAAUAACAGGUGUUACUUUGAUAAUUGCGACGGCAUUUUCCUCAACUACUCGUGGAAUGAAGAGAAUCUUGUAAAUACGUAUCAAGCAGCUGAGCAUAGACGCCACGACGUUUACGUUGGAGUCGAUGUGUUUGGACGCAAUUUCUAUGGCGGGGGAAACUUCAACACUUACUUAGCCGUCGAAAAGAUUAGAGAACACGAUCUUUCAAUUGCAAUUUUUGCGCAGGGUUGGACUCACGAAACUUUAGAUCCUGAGCCGGCGGAUACUUUUUUGGAACGCUUUCUAGCUCGGGAUAAUGCCUUUUGGAAAAGCUUAUGGCCGUAUCUUUAUUCCUAUCCUAUUAAUAGAGUCUUCGAGACAUUUUUCUAUGUGGGCGUUGAUAAGAAUUGGUACAAGCUAAAUAAACAGGACGUGCAACUCUCCCAGUGUCUGCAGUCAAGUCUGAAUCUGGCAGAAGUCGAGAAUGUUUCAACUUUAGACGGUUUGUGUGAUUGCCUUCAGUUACAUUACCAAGAGCCUUACACGAUCUGUUCGAUAACGAGUAAAGCUCUCAAAGUGGAAGAAACUUACAUUCAUCAUUUAUUCUCAUGUGAAAUACGAGUAUCCUCUUCCGUUAUUUUCUACAGUUACAUCAAACAGUUUAACGCAUCAUGCUGUACCGAAAGCGAAAAUGAUUAUCUUGAUUUGGUAAUUUUAAUUCGUAGUCGAGGUGGUUCAUUUAAAAAAAUUGUGUGCUAUUCUGAAAAUAAACAAGUUUUAAACAGCAGCUGUACUUCAAUGGAAAUUAACUCCACCGAAGAUGAGCGUGUAGUUAAUUUAGUUUCAAAUAAGCACAAAGUUCCGUCUGACUGGAUUUUGAGGUGCUAUGUUCUCGAGAUUAAUGAUACUGUGAUAAGUGAAAUUGGUGCAAUUAUUAGAAAUAAUUCCUGUGUAGGUCUUUGUGGAAUCGGAUUUAUAGAAGUACCAACCUAGUUGUACAGAUAAUUUUAUUAGGAGUUGUUGCUAUCCUUAAUUUUUACAUUAAACUAAAUUUACAAACA